AUGAAUGAAAAAGGCAUAAUCAGUUUGAGUUUUAACCAAGACCAUACUUUUUUUGCCUGCUGUACCGAAACUGGUGUUAGAAUUUACAACGUUGAACCCCUGUCGCUGAGAGAGAGAUUUGAUUUAGGCGGUGUAUCGAAAUGCGAAAUGCUGAAUUCAUCCAAUUUCAUAGCCAUAGUUUCUGGUGGAAAAUAUCCAAAAUAUUGUCAGAACACUGUACUAAUCUAUGAUGCUGUGUUGGAAAAAUUUGUGAUGGAAGUUAUUUGUGCUUCCAGUGUAAAAUCUGUGCUAAUGAGGAGAAACAAGAUGAUAGUUGUAACUAUGGACAAGAUAUCUGUUUUUACGUUUCCUACGGUUAUUACGCACAUAAUUAAUUUGGAAACCCGUCCAAAUCCGAUGGGAUUGUGUGAAAUCACUCCUUUAGAAACUUCUACAAAACAAAUCAUUGCAUAUCCUGGAAAUAAAAUUGGAAGCGUUCAUAUUAUGGAUGUUUCAAAUUUGGAAGCAACAAGUUCUAGUGCCCCAGCAAUACUCAAUGCUCACCAGGGAGAGAUUUCUUGUUUGGCAAUAAAUCGACUUGGUACACUUAUAGCUAGUGCAAGUGCCAAAGGAACCUUAAUCAGAAUUUGGGAUACUUGUCAUAAAGUCAAAGUUGCUGAACUAAGACGUGGGUCAGAUACAGCAACAUUAUACUGCAUAAACUUCAGUCCAAAUUCAGAAUUUUUAUGCUGCUCGAGUGACAAGGGAACAAUUCAUAUAUUCGCAGUGAUAGAAUCUGAUUUAAAUCGCCGAUCUAGUCUAUCACCGUUCAGUUUUUUCAGUUCCUACUGUCAAUCACAGUGGGCUCUGGCCACUUUUACAGUGCCUCCAGAAGUGGGCUGUAUUUGCACUUUUUUGACUUUAGAUACUGUUGCUGCUAUCUGCCUUGAUGGUACUUAUCAUAAGUUUGCAUUUUCCAAAGAUGGUACUAGCAGACGCAAAUCAUUCCAAAUAUAUUUACACAAUUGUGAAGAUGAUGAAUUUUAA